CUCUGGGGAAGAGCUGCAGGCGCUCAACUCUCAAACAGAACCCCAUUACCAGGGAAGGAGUGAGGACGGAGGAGAGCGAGAUUGGGAGAGAGACUUGGUGAGAGAGCAGAAAGGAGAAAAGUUUGGAGAGAGAAAAGUCAGGAGGGAGGAGAUCGGACAGGGGACCUUCGGAAAAGGACAGCGUUUAAAUAGAAGGAGACAGAAAGAGGAAAAAUAGAGAGGGACAAACUGUGAGUAGAGUUACAUUGCUGUGAAAGAUGUGGUCUGCCGUGUGUUUCUGCGCCCUCCUCUCGGCCCUGUGUGCCUUCUGGGCUCCCUGCGCGCAGGGCCAGGACCUGCACGAGCGGGACGCCCUGUGUAACGAGGAGGGCUGCUACGUGGUCUACUUCCAGCGCAAGACCUUCCUGGAGUCGUGGAGGAGCUGCAGGGAGAGGGGCGGGGACCUGGCCACCAUGAAGCGUCCCGAGGAGGCGGCGCGGAUCCAGGAACUGCUGUCGGGCGUGGAGAGGCGCGGCCCGCGGGCCCGGAUCCGGGUGUGGAUCGGGCUGCAGAGGCAGCCGCGGCAGUGCUCCGCCACCCGCCCGCUGCGCGGCUUCACCUGGACGACGGGCGACCACGACACGCAGUACACCAACUGGCUGCGGGAGGACUCCCCCAGCACCUGUGCUGUGCUGCGCUGCGUGGUGGUCACCCACAGCACCGCCAGCCAGGAGCAGCGCGAUAACUUCAAGUGGCUGGACGGGUCCUGCUCGCUGCCCGUGGACGGCUUCCUCUGCCGCUUCACCUACCGGGGCAUGUGCCCGGCCAUCCCGGGCGAGGGGGGCCCCGGCUCUGUGCUCUACAGCACCCCCUUCCACCUGCUCAGCACCCUGCUCACCCAUGUGCCCUUCGGCUCGGUGGCCACCGUGCCCUGUCCCGGCGAUGCCCGGGAGGACCCGUCGGUUCUGUGCGUGCUGCGGGACGAUGGGACUGUGGGCUGGUCCCGGGACAGCCCCCUGUGCUCCAACGCCCAAGCGAAGAGCUUCUGCGAGCAGGACAACGGUGGGUGCCAGCACCUGUGCCGGGACGACGGCCCCCACUCCUUCUGUGAGUGCUUUGGCGGCUUCCGGCUGGCAGAGGACGGGCAGACCUGUCUGCAGGAAAACCCCUGCAGGGAGGCGCCCUGCGAGUUCGAAUGCGAGCCCGCGGAGGACGGCGGGUACCGCUGCACCUGCCCGGACGGGUACCUGCUGGCACCAGACGGGCUGGCCUGCCUGGACGUGGACGAGUGUGAGCAGAGCCCGUGCCCGCAGCUGUGCGUCAACGCGCCCGGCACCUUCGAGUGCCGCUGCCACCACGGCUACCAGCCCGACGACCAGGGCCAGUGCGCCGACGUGGACGAGUGCCGGGGCCGCCCCUGCGAGCAGGCCUGCGAGAACACUGCCGGCUCCUACGCCUGCCACUGCCACCUGGGCUUCAGCCCCGCCCCCGAGGACCCCGCCCGAUGCCAGGACACCGACGAGUGCCAGAUCCCGGGCUCCUGCGAGCACAUGUGUGUCAACUACGUGGGCGGCUUCCAGUGCCACUGCAGGGAGGGCUAUGAGCUGCAGCAGGACUACUCCUCCUGCAGACCCGUCCCCAGCCAUGACGAGUCUACCACCGCUGCCCCCUCUUUCCCAUGGUUCACCAGCCUUCCGGAAAGCUCCUGGCUCCCCGAGGCUCCCGGCUUCCCUGACUGGCCUCCCCAGCUGCCCGAAGGUGACUGGCCAGAGAGCACUUCACCUUUGACCUGGCUGACCGACCCUCCCAGCCUGGAGGGGCUGCCCACCGACCUGACCUGGCUCACCGACGUGACGCAGGAAGAUCCUGAUAGGCCGGAAGUGGAGACCGAGCCCAUCUGGGCUGAACCGGAUUGGACGGAGGCGGUGGAACCCACCUUCACGCCCUCGCCAAGCCCCGCCUCCACCGCCGCCCCGGAUUGGCUAGAAGAGGAGACCACUCCCAGUCCUCCCGCUACCCUCACCCCGACACCCGAAGGAGGGGCGUGGAACUUUUGGCGCAUCUCGACUUCCUCCACGGCCCCCGAGGAAAGUGUCGAGAGAGGAGGGGUGGCGCCGCCCUCCGGCGAGGACGCCCCCUCCGAAUUCGGAGACGGCAGCCCAGUCUCCUGGCCCCAGCCCACCCCGAAGGCGGAACCGGACUUCGUCCCAGAGGAGGUCGACGGGGCGGCGGUCGACACCGACCCCCUCACCCCCCCGGCGGGCACGGGUGCCCCGCCCGGCGGCAGUGACAGCAGUCAGCAGCAGAGCAGCAGCUGGCUGCUGGUGGCCCUCCUGGUGCCCCUCUCCAUCUUCGUGGUGGUGAUGGUGGCGCUGGGCAUAGUUUACUGCACCCGCUGCGCCGUCCAGCCCCGCAACAAGAAGAACAACGACUGCUACCACUGGAUCUCCGGCGCCGGCGACAAGCCGGGGGCUCAGGCCACCGCCCAGUCCGGCGUCUAGCCAGGACAGCUCCCAGCCAGCGCGGGGAAGGGACACCAAACUGUGCAUAAAACUGUGUUUUAUUUUAACGCCAGAGAAGAGGAGGAGUACCGGACCACUCACCUGCCUCCUGCUGCCACCCUCCACUGCGAUGCUUUCUGCCAGGACGGCUCUGAGGGCUGUGCAGUGGAGGGUGAGAGUAGCUUCAGGGAAAACCACUGAUUCCGCUCGUCUUGGGUUGCUCUGACAGCAGUCAGAACCACACUAUCACACUCGCAGCGAACGUGUAACGCCAGACGGCUGCUCUCUAGGGCUGUGGAAGCGAGCUCGGUGAAGUGUGGCAGCUAUGCAAAGAUUCUCUGCACGCAGCUCACACAAGUAGAGUAGUUGUCCAGCUAAGGCUAGACGGCCCUCUUGAAAAGCGCUUUCAAAGGUGUAAUGGGAUUGACAUGUUGGAGACGGCCACUGCAGCUUGAGGACAUGCUUAUUGUUUUUGCUCCUUGAGCCUUGCUUCACUUACAGACAUUCUUCUGUUCGUCUACAGCCUCGAGACGACUGCGUUCACUUCUGUUAUUAUGUCUGUUUUUGCAAUGGUUCUUUGUGAUUACAUUGUGUGCAUCCUUCUGAUUCACACAAUGAGUUGCGCAUUGGAAAAUGUCCAUUUAUGAAGCAUAAUAUCAUAUUUGUAUAUACGCGUGUGUGUAUGUGUGUGUGUGUGUGUGUGUGUGUGUGUGUCUCUGUCUGUGUGUCUGCAUAUGUAUGCAGAUGUGUAUAGAAAUUUGCAGUGAGCCAUUUGCUAUGCAUAAUGAUAUGCAAAAUGCAUACAAUUAGUGCCUUCAUUUCCGUGACUUUCUUAUGGGUAAUCUGACACAGUGAUCAAACGGUAUGUCCUUGCCUUAAAGGAAUUAAUACCCCCAUCCAAACGAGAAAAUUAACCCCUCAUUGUUCUGUUUGAAAACCUUAGGAGUGAUCAGCUAGAUCAGGCAAAUUUAGCAAACUGCAACAGAGGAAGGAGUCCUAUCCUAGGGGUCAGUCGUGAGUUUGAAAGCUGUAUUCACUGCUUCUUUGUAUUCCUCCAAUCCCAUCUCUUUCCUGAUGGAGAGAUGGAGUCUUCAGCUGUCCAUUCCAGGCUUUGGAAGGCCAUGGCUGUUAUGCAGGGACAGCACCCCCUACCAACAUUUAGAGUAAUUGCAGCCUGAAUUUAGAAGUUGUCCAUGACACACUGCUUCCAGUCCCAAUGACUGGGAACAUUAUCUUCCUGUGUCCGAUUUCGAGGGCUAUAAUUGAUAAGAAAGGUUUUUUGAUUUUUUUAAA